UCCUGGAAUUUACCCUUUCUGUUAUUUUUGGUGAUUCAACAUGGCAGUAAUGGCAAAGAUUGUUGUUUUGAUUCUCAUUGCUAGUUUCAGUAAUGUCUUUUGUUUCCCAAAGAGGGAAGCUGCCCGUGAGGUUGAUGUUUCAACAACACCGUCCCCCAACAAUCAGACACAAACUGAAGCUGUGGAUGGUGCAAGUGAAGAUGUGGAAUCAGGCACUCCAGCACCUAAUCCCCACAACCAGACCACUACUGCACAGCCUGAUGUUACCGAUGGACCAAGUGAAGAUGAUGUGGUAACUGCAACUCCAAAUCCCCAAAACCAGACAACACCUGUUGCCCAAACUGAAAAUGCUGAAACCGAUGGGCCAAGUGAAGAUGGUGGGGUAGCUACAACCCCAAGUCCCCAAAACCAGACAACACCUGCUGCUCAGACUGAAAAUGCUGAAACCGAUGGGCCAAGUGAGGAUGGUGUGGUAGCUACAACCCCAUGUACCCACAACCAGACAACACCUGCUGCUCAGACUGAAAAUGCUGAAACCGAUGGGCCAAGGGAGGAUGAUGUGGUAGCUACAACCCCAAGUCCCCAAAACCAGACAACACCUGCUGCUCAGACUGAAAAUGCUGAAACCGAUGGGCCAAGUGAGGAUGGUGUGGUAGCUACAACCCCAAGUCUCCAAAACCAGACUACAUCUGCCACAGCUGGAGUAACUGAAGGCCCAAGUGAGGAUGCUAUGGUGUUAACCACUGUACUGCAAAAUGUGACCACCCCUGCCCAAGACGUAGCCACCAUUACUGACUCCCAUGAUUCCUCCUGAAGUGGCAAUCAGAAUGCUAAUUCUAAAUGGAAUUCUUGUCAUCUUGGCUUUCUCCAUCUUGAAUUCAAUAAAUGCCAGAUUUUAUCCAA